AUGACGUCGGUUGAAGCCGCGUACGGCGCCGAGGGCGCGAACGGAGACGAUGACGACGACGACGUCGACGCGGAGGACGCCCAGCGCGCGCUGCGCGCGUGGGAGAAGAAGUACCAGAGCGAACGGGCGUGGGAAGACUUGGAGGAAGACCCGGUGACGGGACGCCUGCGCGUCACGAGCGAGGCGCAGACGGCCAAGGCGCGCGAACGGCGCGCGAAGAUGGCGGCGCUCGCGACGAGCGCGGGAGCGGCGAAGGGAAUGAUUCGGUUCACGUACGUGGUGGUCGAUCUGUCGCGGGCGGCGAACGAGGAAGACUUUCGACCGAACCGGUUGAGCGUGGUCGGACAGUGCGCGACGUCGUUCAUACGGGAAUAUUUCAAUCAGAAUCCGCUAUCGCAGUUGGGGAUCAUCGUCGCGAGGAAUGGGGUGGCCGAACGGUUGACGGAGCUGAGCGGGAGUCCGGAGGCGCACGCGGCGGCGCUGAGAAACGCGCUGGACGCGAGCGGGGAUUUUAGUUUGCAAAAUACGCUAAACGUCGCGAGGACGUCGUUGAAAUCGAUUCCGUCGUACGGAAGUCGUGAGGUGCUCUAUAUCGUGAGUUCGUUGUCGACGUGUGAUCCUGGAAAUGUGUGGACAGAGAUCGCGGCGACGAAGGCGGCCAAGGUGCGCGUGAGCGUCGUCGCCGUGGCGGCGGAGCUUCACGUCAGUCGACGGCUGACAGAGGAGACUGGAGGAACGUACGGGGUGAGCUUAAACGCCGACCAUUUGGAUGAUUUAAUCAUGGCGCACGCACCGCCGCCGCCGCUCCCCGAAGACGCGACGAAGUCGAGCUUGGUACAAAUGGGAUUUCCGCAAAAGAAGCACUUGAGUAAGGACGCGCUCGUGGUCGGAACGGGGGGUGAAUACGUGUGUCCUAGGUGCUCUGGGAGAAUCGAUGAACUUCCUUCGCAGUGUGCGGUGUGUCGUUUGACGCUCGUGUCGUCACCACAUCUCGCGCGAUCGUACCAUCACCUGUUUCCCGUCGCCCCGUUCAAGGAGUACACGCGCGACGAGGCUUCAGCGAAGGAGGUGUUGGAGUGUAAAGCAUGCCUCGCGCUUAUCAAGCAAACAGAUCCAGCAUCCAAGUGUGAGCAGUGUUCUAACGUGUUUUGCUUCGCUUGCGAUUGCUACAUUCACGAAAAGCUGCACAACUGCCCGCAUUGCACUUGCGAGCGAGAGAAUUGA